AUGUCGCCGUCGUCGUCCCCGUCGCCAACCGCCGCCCGCUACAGUCCAUUGCGAGAGUGGAUAGGUCUUCUAGCUGAGCCUAUGAGCUCUGACACCAUAGCAAUCAUCUUCGUCAUCCUCCUCCUCAUUUGCUUUACAUCCAUCCUCUUUUUAUUGAUGCUGUUUUUAUAUAAAUGGUAUAAACUCAUGCUGAUAAAUUGGGAUCAGAUUUCAAGUCUGAUCUUAUUUCAAAUUGAAAUAUGCUUGUUCACUUUCAGUUUCCAAAGCAGGAAAACUGAAGAGACAGAAAACGGUCCUUGUGAAGAUUGUUUAACUGAUAAUGUGCAGACAAGCAAACCAGGAGACCAAGAAAAUAAUCUACAGCAAAUCAUGAGGCCUGGCAUCCUUGUCCACAGACUGAGUAAAGAAAUGGUGGCUGCAUACUUGAAAAACAACGAGGACAUAGAGGGCGGAGUGGAGGGCAAAAUACAAGAGGAGCCAGAUCCUGAGGGUCCUAAGGAGAACAGUCCAAAGGACGCUGAUUUGCAAGGAGCACACAUACCUGUCACUGGAACCCCUUCAGUUACUGACAUCAGCAAAAGACCUUUAAAAGAAGUGACAUUUUCUAGGGAGGUGAUUGUUGUGGAUCUCGGGGAGGAACACCCUGCACCGCAAAGCCAUAUUCAAGAACAUAAAGAGAGAAAAUGAAGGUCAGAAAAGGCUGAGCGUGAAAGCAACGUAACCUGAGACUAGCAGUGCAAUGACUGGGGGUAUGAAAUCAUGUUGAAACGGCAAAAUAAUGGAGAAUUAAGCAAAUACAAAUAACAUUUUAUCUUUGUGCAGAAAGAAGUGGGCUACAUGCAAAAUUCUGUAAGUAAAAUACCCAUUACUUGAAUA